AGGAAAAGAAACAGACCUAGAAACAUUUUCUACAUUUUCUGCUUUUAAUUUACUUUGAAUGGACAGUAAUUUUCCCUGUUUAACGACACACUGCCUGAACUCAACACGGGUGUUGAGUUCAGGCCGCCUCGGAGCUCCGCCUCUCCUCUGACUCGGUGGAUGUGUGGAGGAUGUGGCAUCGCAGCGUCGCUGUGGUAAAGUCUCAGAGGUGAGGAGGAAUAUUCUGGAUCAACAUUAAGUCCGGACCGGAGCUCGUUACGAACCGGGGACUGCUUUCGAUAUACUUCAAAGAACCUCCAAAAAUGCCAAACUGGGGAGGAGGGAACAAGUGCACGGCGUGCCGUGGGACCGUUUACCACGCCGAGGAGGUGCAGUGUGACGGCAAGAGUUUCCACAAAUGCUGUUUCCUCUGCAUGGUCUGCAGGAAGGGUUUAGACAGCACCACACUGGCAAUUCACGAUCAGGAAAUCUACUGCAAGUCCUGCUACGGGAAGAAAUACGGCCCCAAAGGCUACGGCUAUGGACAGGGGGCUGGAACACUCAACAUGGACCGCGGAGAACGACUGGGAAUCAAACCAGAACUGACUUCGACUCACAGACCCACCACCAACCCCAACCCGUCCAGGUUCGCUCAGAAGUUUGGUGGUACAGAGAAAUGCGCUCGGUGUGGAGACUCUGUCUAUGCAGCGGAGAAGAUUAUGGGGGCCGGCAAGCCAUGGCACAAAAACUGUUUCCGAUGUGCAAAAUGUGGCAGGAGCCUAGAGUCCACCACCCAGACCGAGAAGGACGGGGAGAUCUACUGUAAAGCAUGCUACGCCAAGAACUUCGGGCCCAAAGGGUUCGGUUACGGGCAGGGAGCCGGCGCUCUAGUGCACGCACAGUGAUGACCCAGUAGGACCAGGAUGCCCCCCCUCCAACCCUCCAACCUUCCGGCCAUCACCUCAGACUUUAUCUGGGAAGCUGUGUAAUGGUGGAACAGGAAUUCAGAAUAAAGACGUGGAGAAGCUGC